AUGGCAGAUGAACAAGUCGUCCCACCCAACUCUAAGAGUGAUUCUGUGUCAGAGCAAGAGCUUGAUCAGAUAUGGACUUGGAAUGCUUCGAUACCGCCUCCAGUGGAAGGUUGCGUUCACGAUCUCAUCAAGGAAAUAGCUCGGAACCAGCCAGAUGCCCUGGCAGUUUGCGCCUGGGAUGGUGAUUUCACCUAUUCUCAAUUGAACGACCUGGCUAACGAGGUCGCCCAUCGUAUUCUCGAGUUUGGCAUCGAACCAAAGUCGAACGUACCGAUCUUAUGUCCCAAGUCACGAUGGACUUGUAUCGCAAUGCUUGCUGUGAUCAAAGCGGGAUGUAGCGCGAUAGCCCUUGAUGGGACUCAGCCUGAUACAAGAUUGCGAUCAAUCGUCCACCAGACGAAAUCUCGAUUGAUCGUUUCAUCAGCUACAUAUGCUCCGAGGGCGGCUCUGUUGAUGGAUGUGCCAGUCCUUCAGCUUGACGACACAUUACUAGAAGUUCAGGAACUCUCAAGAGUUCAUUCAUCUUCAUUACCCUCCAUCUCGCCAUCCGAUAUUGUGUAUAUAUCGUUCACGUCAGGUACGACUGGGCAGCCCAAAGGUGCCUGUAUUAGCCACUCGAAUGUUAGAAGUGCAGUCCACUACCAAGGCAAGAAGCUUGGAUUUCACCGAGGAGCGCGUGUGUUUGACUUUGCUCCCUAUUCCUUCGAUGUAGCGUGGAGCAACUUUUUGCAUACGCUAUGCGCAGGUGGCUGUCUCUGCAUUGCUUCAGAGCCGGACAUGGUGAAUGAUCUCUCGUCCGCCAUAACUGCUUUCAAGGCGACCUUGAUCAACAUAACCCCGACUGUUCUGCGAACAAUAAAUCCGAUACCGCCAACUAUUGAGACGGUGCUUCUAAGUGGCGAAAUGCCAUAUCGGGAAAACGUGACCGAAUGGGCUGGACGCGUGAGGCUGCUUAAUACCUAUGGACCUACCGAAUGCACUUUCAAAUGCGCCUUCUCCGUCAUCAAUCCAUCCCAGGAGGGUCGCCCAGAUAUCGGCACCGGAGUUGGUUUCUCUACCUGGCUUGUCGAUCCUGACAACCACGACCAGCUUGCUACUAUAGGAUCAGUUGGGGAGCUGUACCUCGAGGGCCCAUUAGUUGGUCAGGGCUACUUAUCAGAUCCUGAAAAGACAACAAUGACAUUUGUCAACGAUCCCCCAUGGUUACUGGCAGGAAGUAGUAACCGAGCCGGCCGGCGGGGUAGACUUUACAAGACUGGGGAUCUUGUAAAAUACAAGUCUGAUGGCAGGCUGUUAUUUAUUGGCCGGAAGGAUAACUCUCAGUUGAAAAUACGAGGCCAAAGGGUCGAAAUUGGUGAUGUUGAGCAUCACGUACGUGCUUGCCUUGACGACUCUCUUCCAAUUAUUGUCGACAUUAUUCAGCCCUUUGGAAGUGAUGGCUUCUCUUUGGCUAUGUUUGUCUCGACAAAAGAUGUGGAUACUGAACGCGUCAAAAAAUUACUGGAUGGUCUUGGAGACAGGUUACGAGAUGUGUUACCAGGUUUCAUGGUCCCCAGUAUCUACCUCCCAAUCGAUGAUAUCCCUGUCGCCUCUACCGGAAAAGUUGAUCGCCAGUCAUUGCGACAAAUGGGAAGCACUAUGUCCUGGAAGAAGAUUAUUGCGCUGCAAUCAACAAUUCUUUCCAUUAAAGAAUAUUGCGAGCCUGCUACGGACAAAGAGAAGCAGCUCAGUACGGUAUGGGCAGAGGUCUUGGACUUGGACUCUGGCCUUAUUAGCACAACAGACAACUUCCUUCGACUUGGAGGUGACUCUGUGGCCGCCAUGCGUGCAGUUGCGAAAGCUCGAGAGUACAGAUUGCCAUUGACUGUUGCAGACCUUUUUAUGAGCUUAACGCUGAGAGACCUGGCUCGGAUGACUGAGAAGCAAGCAAUCAGCCACGAAGCUGAUGAGAUCACGCCGUUUUCCAUGCUGACUGGGACAAAGAACAAGACCGAUAUUUGCAAAGAGGCUGCAAUCCUAUGUGGUGUUGAAGUGGCCGAAAUAGAAGAUGUUUAUCCUUGCACACCACUACAGCAAGGAAUGCUCGCAAUGACGAGCAGAAACGAGGGCGCGUCACGUCUUGGAGGCGAAUCCCCGAAAUUGAGGAUGGACUACGUUUCGAGAACUGUUUUUGAACUACCCAAAGAUAUUGAUAUUGAGCGGUUACAGGCUGCAUGGACAACCACCGUCACGAGCGCAUCGAUUCUUCGAACAAGAAUCGCCGAUCUAUCUGGGGAAGGCCUGGUGCAGAUUAUUGUUGCCGACAGCCGUGUGCGGCAGCUGCAACAGUUUAAACAUAUCAACAGCUUUCUGGAGCUAGCACAGCCCAUGGGUUUGGGGACUCCUUUAUGUCGCGCAGGCGUGAUACGAGGUGACUCCCCAUAUUUCGUUCUGGAAAGGCACCACGCCAUAUUUGAUGGAUGGUCCACAACACUUAUUUUGGACUUCCUCGAGGCAUCUUACCGACAGAAUGGAAGAACAUUGCAACCCCUUGAACCCUUCCAGCCAUUUAUCAAGUAUGCCUUGGUAGCAGACAGCCCAGAAGCAGCAACGUUCUGGAAGUCUCAAUUUGCUGACUCUGAGGCCACCAUUUUCCCAUCUCUUGGCUAUGUGUCAGAUGAAAAACUCGACAUAAGUCAUGAAGUCACAGAUUUGGAGUGGCCACGAAGCGGUAUUACACCAUCGUCAGUAAUACACUCAGCACUUGCAUUGUUACUUGCCUCAUAUACAAAUUCGAACGACGUCAAGUAUGGAGCCACUGUAAGUGGCAGACAGGCCCCUGUCUCUGGAAUAUCUCGAAUCGCUGGUCCUACAAUUGCUACAAUUCCGAUACGAACGAAAUUUGAUUGGGAUUCUACGGUGGAAACUCUGUUACAACAGGUCCAGCAGCAUGCCAUAGAGCUCUCUGUCCACGAACAGUUUGGCCUCCAGCGUAUUCAGCGCGCUCAAGAAGAAAACGAAGAGGCUAGCCAAUUCCAAACUCUCCUGGUUAUUCAGCCAGCUACACAAGGGACAAAUACUGGAAGUGACUCUCAGCAUACAUCUACGUUCAGCCUUGUGUCUAAAGACGGACAGGACGACAGCAUGGGCAUAUACAACUCAUUUGGAAUGCUGAUAAUCUGUCAGCUGGAGAAUACUGGAUUAAACUUGAAAAUAAACUUCGAUUCAGGCGCGAUUCGGCAGGAGCAAGCCCAACUUUUUGCACAUCAGCUGGAACACUUGAUAAGACAGCUCUGCGGUGAACAAAUGACAAGGUCACCAUUGCGCAAUAUUGCCUCACGCAGCGAAGGAGAUCUCAAGCAAAUAUUCAACUGGAACACAACCCUGCCAGAGGUAGCCGAGGGAUUUAUAACCGAUUUAAUUGACCAGCAAGCUGUAAACUCUCCAGAUGCUAUUGCUCUUUCGUCAUGGGAUAGAGAAUUUAGCUACGGGGAGCUGGAAAAUGCUUCAAACCGCUUAGCGUGCCGCCUGCAACAAGAAGGAGUUGGUCCCGGAUCAAUUGUCAUAUUAAGCUUCGAGAAAUCUUCUUGGAUGGCUGUCAGCAUGAUCUCUGCUCUGAAAAUUGGUGCGGUCGUGCUACCGAUGUCUUCACCGACAUCGAACAAACGAGCGCAAGCUAUAGUCCAAAGCCUACAACCAACAAUUGCAAUUGUGUCGAAUUCUUCUGAUGCGUAUCCGUUCCGAGAUCUCAUCCCAACUUUUUCUAUAUCUGAGUUGGUGCAGUUUGGCGACGAAGAAUGGCUUCGAGUACUUCCACCCCAUGAGACACACUGCUCAGACCCGGCUCUCAUAUUAUUCACCUCUGGCUCAACAGGAAUACCCAAGGCUAUUCUAUGGAGCCACACAACCCUAUCGAGCAACAUUCAGGCGGCCAAAAUUUCUUUCAAUAUCACAACUAGUAGCAGGGUAUUCCAGUUUGCUGGAUAUGACUUCGACGUUAGCACAGUGGAAACACUUGCAACAUUAUCUGUUGGAGGUUGCUUGUGCAUACCAUCUGAGUCAGACAGGACCAAUCGACUGACUGGAGCUAUCAAUGAUGCCAAGGCUAAUUGGCUAUGUUUGACGCCUUCUGUAUCCGAAACUCUGGUUCCCACAGGACUGCCCUCGUUGAAAACUCUCGUGUUUGCGGGUGAAAAACUGCAACGUAAGACUGCGUUUAGGUGGACAGAGCAGAUCGAUGAAGUAUAUAACUGGUAUGGGCCGGCUGAAGCUUCAGUCGCAACUUCAUGUUCAAUUGACAAAAAUACAUGGAAAAAUGGAAUCAUUGGCACGAGUAAAUUUGGCGCGACUUGGCUUGUCGAGCCCAAAAAUCCAAGUGUCCUAGCGGCAAUUGGUACAAUUGCGGAACUGUGCAUCGAAGGGCCUCUUCUUGCGAGCUACACUGGCAAAGAUAGCCAUAUGUUAAACGAGAAAGCUUUCUUUUUUCCGUCUUGGCUUCGUCGCGGUACCUAUGAACCGACUACACAGAGUAGACAACUCUAUCGAACUGGCGAUCUGGUCAAGUAUGACGUUGACGGAACUAUUCUCUUUAUCAGCCGAAAGCAGGACUCAGAAAGAAAGAUAAGAGGCCAGAGAAUAGACCUGAACGAAGUGGAAAUUUAUGCUCAAGCAUUUUUGCUUGGAAAGCUUGACGUAACAAUUGUAGCCGAAAUCAUUUCCCCAUCGGGUAGCGGCAGCGAUACUUUGGCUCUCUUCAUUAGUCCCGUGGGCACUGAGGCUCAUGAGGAAGGCGUUGCAAGUUUUGUCAAGCGAGCCCUGCCGGCUGAAGAGUUGGAACUCGACUUGUCAAACCAUCUGCCAUCAUAUAUGGUACCAAGAGUCUAUGUUUCUAUCGAAAAAAUCCCCAUGAAUCACUCUGGAAAGACUGAUAGGAAGCGCCUGCGCCUUAUCGGCAGCUCAUUAACCCACCAACAAUUGGCAUCUAUGCAGCCUUUACGCAAAGAAACACGGACGCCCUCUGGUGCUAUGGAGACAACACUACAACAGAUUUGGUCCGAAGUUAUCGGCAUUGACGCUGAUGCGAUAUAUGCUAACGACAGUUUUUUCCGCCUAGGAGGCGAUUCCAUUACAGCCAUGCGCCUGGUAGCAUCUGCACGUAAACAAGGAUUUUUAUUGACGGUUGCGGAUAUUUUCGAAGCGCCUCAACUUGAGAAAAUGGCAGUAAAGAUUCAGCACGAUGUUAGCGCUCUCGAUGUAGUGCGUCCGUUUUCACUUCUCGGAAGCGGCAUUAGCGAGGCCGAGGGCCGUUCAUUUGCGGCCAGACUGUGCUCAGUUUCGGAAUCUCAAGUGAUUGACAUUUACCCUUGCACAUCCUUACAGCAAGGUUUACUGGCUCUAGGAGCUAGAAAACAUGGCCAAUACGUUUCACGCAGUGUUUUAGGGCUGCAAGCCGAAGUUGACACUGAGCGACUUCAACAGGCGUGGUUGGCUACAGUGGAAAAGCUACCGAUCUUGAGAACACGAAUCAUAGAUAUUCCUCGCCAAGGUUUGGUGCAAGUAAUUCUCAAGGCAUCUCCUUUACGAUCUGGCCAAGAUGUGGAAGCCUAUGUCCGAGAUGAUGAACUGGAGCCGAUGGGUUUGGGGACAGAACUCUGCCGCGCCGCCAUCAUUGGUCGCAAUUUCAUAUUCACAAUCCAUCACUGUACUUAUGAUGGUGACUCAUUGAAGAUGAUUCUAGAUGAGAUUGAGUCGCAGUACUUUGGAAAACCUGGAUUGGCUGUUACACCGUUCCAAAACUUCAUCAAGCACCUAAGCCAAGUAAGACAUCAGGACGCAUCUAACUUUUGGCAAAACCAGCUUGCAAAUUUAGAACCUCGACAGUUUCCAGUUCUACCAUGUUUGGACUAUCAGCCACAGGCAAAUGAAGAUCUUGAACAUUCAAUUUCACUGAAAUGGCCACAUACUGGAACCACGCCGUCCACAAUAAUACGGUCAUCUUGGGCAAUUCUGGCUGCUCAAUACACGUCAUCAAGUGAUGUGAUGUUUGGACUGACAGUCAGUGGACGUCAAGCAGACCUUAAAGGCAUAGAAAACUGUGUUGGACCAACCAUAUCAACAAUACCUGUUGCGGUUUCGUUGAAUUGGAGCGAGACCGUCGGAGAAUUCCUUGAACAAUUGCAACGCCAAAUGAUCGAAACAAUUCCCUAUGAGCAGUUUGGACUUCAAAAUAUCCAGAAUCUAUACAAGCAUUUGGAUUCUUCAAUGAUACAAACUCUGCUUGUGGUGCAGCCUGUAGCUGAAGGAAAGAGGCUGCAUGAAGAUAACCGGUUGUUCAAAGCUCGAAGCUUCUCGGCAAAUCUCAGUACACAAGGCACCGAUCCUUUCAAUACAUAUGCUCUGAUGAUUAUUUGCGAAUUGGCAUCUGAUGGGCUGCGUUUGCGAAUGAGUUUUGAUAGCAACAUCAUUGAUCAAGAGCAAAUGCGUCGCAUGGCGUAUCAGUUUGAGACUAUACUUGGACAAAUAUGCUCAGAAAAUAUGACGGCAGUUACACUUGAUGAAAUCCAGACAGUUAGCAAUAACGACCUGGAAUUUUUCUGGAGUAGAAAUGCAGAGCUUCCUGACGCGACGAAUACGUGCAUUCACGAUAUCAUCGCGGCAGUUGCAACAGCGCAUCCAAAUAAGAUUGCCAUAGAUGCUUGGGACGGACAGUUUUCCUACCAAGAAGUUGAAGACCUUUCAACUACUAUUUGCCAAAGACUGAUGCAGCUGGGAACUGUAAAGGGUUCAGUUGUUGCACUUUGUUUUGAAAAAUCUAAAUGGGCUCCUGUCGCUCAAAUUGCUGUUUUUAAAGCUGGGGCAGUUAGUUUGCUGCAAUCCAGUGCCGUUCCUGAGCGUCGAAUUGCCACCGUCUUUAAAAAUGCCAAUGUGAAGAUCGCAUUGGUCUCUGAGUCUCUCAUCGAGAUGAUUUCUCGACACGCUAAAAGUUUGACGAUCGAACAACUCUUGACAACGCCCCUUCAAGAUGUACGCAUGCCAUUACCGAUAUUGGACAUGAGCGAUCCAGCUGCUAUUCUUGUUUCAUCUGGAAGCACAGGAGAACCAAAACAAAUCCUCUGGAACCAUAGAGCAUUGUCAGGAAAUGCCAAAGCUCACAGUGAAUACCUGUCUAUCGAUGCAUCUUCUCGAGUCUUCCAGUUUGCCUCAUAUGAUUUCGACCUUGGCACUAUCGAGGUCAUGUCUGCGCUUGCCAGUUUAGGUUGCGUGUGUAUACCAUCAGAAGUCCAAAGAAUGGAUGGAUUGUCAACCGCUAUCAACAACUUGGGAGUCAAUCAUGUUAAUGUUACCCCUUCGACGGCCAAGUAUCUUCGCCCUGAAGAUAUGCCCAAUCUAACAACCCUCGUAUUCGCUGGUGAGAACCUCACUCGGCAGGACAUCGAUAGAUGGAAGGGAAAAAGUCAAAAAAUUAUUAAUUGGUACGGACCUGCUGAAUGUUCUGUGGCGACUUUCUGCGCUGUUGACGACGAGACCUGGCGUAGCGGUGUUAUUGGGCGGAUUGAUUCGAGGCAUCCGACCCUCUGCUGGCUCAUUGAUCCGAGAAACUACAACAAGCUGGUACCUUUUGGUGCUGUUGGUGAAAUUGCACUCGAAGGGCCCAUGUGCGCUGAAGGCUACCUUGGAAAUCAGACGAAAACAGACCUUGCAUUCUGUAGAGAUCCAAGGUUCCUGGAAUUGGGGCAAGGAGUGGGUAAAUCCGGUAGACCAGGCCGCAUUUAUCGUACUGGCGAUCUGGCUAGAUAUGAUACGAACGGCGAUUUAAUCUUUUUGGGUAGAAAAGACUUUCAACUCAAAAUCCGAGGUCAGCUUGUUGCCCCGCAAGAGGUAGAGCAUUCUAUACGGCAAUGCCUUGUGGGUGGAGACGAAGUUCAAGUGGUGGUAGAUGCUGUCGUGCCUAAACAUAGUGGCAACCUUACUCUUGUUGCAUUUGUCAACUUGGCUACUCAAGAUGCAGUGGAGAGUCUAAUAGCAGGAUUGAACGAAAAGCUUAGAACUGUUCUACCCCGAUAUGCCAUUCCAUCUUACUACAUACCCAUUCCAUCCAUUCCGACGACGCAAACAGGAAAGAGAGAUCGAGCUCGAUUACUGGAAAUUGGGUCUGACUUCAACCCCCCACGUCAAGAAUCUGAAGGAAAGAAGCUACAACCAUCGACUACUACCGAGAUCAAACUGAGAGAACUGUGGUCUCUUGUCCUUGGGAUAGAUCCUUCUGAGAUCUCGGCAAACGAUAGCUUUCUGAGAAUGGGGGAUUCUAUACAGGCGAUGCGAUUGGUUGGACUAGCACGACAGCAGAAUUUACGUCUAUCAGUGGCUGAGAUCUUCCAGCAUCCUAUAUUGCUAGAUAUGGCAAAACAACUUCGGCAUAUGGACGAGGAGAAAGAUGCGGUUUCCAUCGGCCCAUAUACGCUGCUUCAUUCAACGCAGCCGGUAGAGCUUCUACGUCAACAGGCAGCAUCCAUGUGUGACAUUGCCUAUGAUGACGUUGAAGACUUAUUUCCUUGCACGCCGUUGCAAGAAGGACUAUUAGCCCUGACUAUAAAACGUGAAGGCGAUUACACCGGUCGCAAUAUUUUGAAGAUCAACCCAUCGGUCGAUAUCGCGCGAUUUAGAAGAGCGUGGGAGAAGGUGGUUUCUACGUUGCCUAUCCUGCGAACACGGAUUGUGGAUCUUCCAGAGCAAGGCUUAUUGCAAGUCGUUAUCCGCGAACACAGCUAUUGGAUUGAGGCGGAUGAUAUCAACGAGUAUCUCACAAGGGAGAGACAACUAAAUAUGGGACUUGGGUCCCCCCUCAUGCGAUAUGGGCUCGUUUCGAAAAGUCCUAGCCAAGAACGAGCGCGUUCAGGCGACAGCGAGAAGGAAUGUUCCUCUUCGCUCUAUUUUGUAUUGACUAUGCACCAUUCCAUCUACGAUGGCCUAACCACGCCAUUAAUAUUCGAAAUGUUGGAAAAUUUCUACAACGGCAAAACACCAUUAACGCACUCUAAUCUCCAGUCAUUUGUCAAAUAUAUGGGAAACAUAGACAGAAAGGCUCAAAUUAACUUCUGGAAAGCUCAGUUCAAGGAUUUGGAGGCUGUACAAUUCCCUACCCUACCAUCCCCAACAUAUCAACCACAGACGAAUUCCAUUUUAGAGCGGUCUAUUAGAGAUAUCACUUGGCGGACGGACAAUAUCACUCCGUCGACAGUGAUACGCUCCGCAUUCGCACUACUAUGCUCGCAGUAUUCCAAUUCAACGGAUGUUGUAUUUGGGACAGUGGUAGAUGGGCGCAAGGCUUCAGUUGAAGGUAUUGAGAGACUAGUAGGCCCUACCAUUGCUACUGUGCCAAUCAGAACCAAAAUCCCCAAAGAAAUAACUGUCGCGAAACUCCUCAAUGCAAUGCAGCAUCAAGCGACCGAUAUGAUUCCAUACGAACAAAUGGGGCUAUCGGCAAUACGCUUGAUCAGCGAUGAAGCGCAACAAGCGUGUCAAUUCCAAGCGUUUUUAGUCAUCCAACCGCAGGAGCAAAAUACGAAGGAAAAUGAUCUUUUUAAUUCGGCAUCUACACAGGUCGACUCUGAGGUUGAAUCUCGUCGUUACCAUGGGUUUAACUCAUAUGCAUUCUCCUUGAUUUCUACUUUAGUUGAGAAUGAACUAAAAUUGGAAUUCUGCUUCGAUUCGACUGUUAUCGAGAAUGAAGCGGUCCAACGAAUGGCAACAACCUUUGACCAAUUGCUGAGAAAUCUUUGUUCGCAUGGUCUAGACGAUUCAUCUGUUGAAGAUAUCACUAUGGCAAGUGAUCAGGACCUCAACGAGAUUUGGAAAUGGAACUCUGAUCAACCGGAGAGCAUUGAACGAUGUAUCCAUCAUCUUGUUGGAGAGGUUGCCCAAAUCCAACCUGAUGCUUUAGCAAUUUCUGCUUGGGAUGGAGACUUGAGCUACAAGCUCUUGGAUCGCUUAGCUAACGCAGUUGCCUACAAGUUGGUUGAAAUCGGUGUUAAGCGGAAUAUGAUCAUUCCAAUUUGUUCUGAGAAGUCAAAAUUUGCCAUCAUAGCGUUUCUUGGUGUUAUUAAGGCGGGAGGCGCCGCCCUUCUAUUGGAUCCCACUCUACCCACCUUACGGCUCAAGUCAAUCAUCGACCAAGUCAAUCCAUUGUUGAUUCUGACCUCUGCCUUACAAGAAUCACUGAGCUCUACUUGGAGCACAAGAACCUUGGUCGUGAGCGACAGUUCAGACUUUAUUCAAUCUUCCAUGGUCAAGGAAGCAGGCCGUGCUACUAAAGAGUUGCCAUAUGUUGACCCUUCUGAUCUAUUGUACGCAAUUUUUACAAGUGGAAGUACAGGAACGCCCAAAGGCUGUCUCAUGCAGCACCGAAACUUUAGCAGCGCGGUAUUACAUCAACGAAGCGUUCUAAAGCUCCAUAAUCGCUCACGAAUGUAUGAUUUCUCAUCCUAUGCGUUCGAUGCAUCUUACUGGAGCGCCUUUCAUGUUCUCACUGCCGGGGGCACUCUAUGUAUCCCAAGUGAUGCAGAAAGAAAGAAUGAUCUGACGGAGAGCAUUCGGAGGUUUUGCGCCACAGACAUCUUUCUCACUCCUUCUACGGCACGUCUAAUAGACUCUUCACUAACACCGACGUUGCGCAAUGUUCAUCUUGGUGGCGAAGAGGUUACAAAGGACGACGUUGCUCGGUGGUUGCCGUAUGCAAACACUUUUGUAUCUUACGGACCAGCUGAAUGCUCUGCGGGAACACUAUACUAUAACGUGCCAAAUAUAAUGCCAUCGCGACUAGCUAUAGGCAAGCCCGUAGGCGUCUCUGCUUGGGUUGUGGAUCCUGAAAACAGUGACCGCUUAUUACCGAUCGAGUCUGUGGGAGAACUGUGUUUGGAGGGAGCAUUGGUUGGCAAAGGCUAUCUGGAAGACAAAGAAAAUACACAACGAUCAUUUAUUGAAAAUCCACGAUGGCUACUAAAUGGUAGUCCUGACGGUUCUAUACCCGGACGGAGAGGUCGACUUUACAAAACAGGAGAUCUCGUAAAAUACAACUCCAUUGACGGAACAUUCAUAUUCGUUGGAAGAAAAGAUACGCAAGUUAAGCUCCGAGGACAAAGAAUCGAGCUCUCUGAAGUUGAGCACCAUGUCCGAAGCUGUUUGCUUUCAAGGCUGGAAGUUCAGACAGCAGUCGCAGAGAUUAUUACUCCAAAGAUUACGGGAAGAUCAGCGCUAGUUGUAUUUCUCCAGCUUCAAAAGACUAAUGACGUCAACAUACGAGAUGUUAUGGAUGAUGUUGAGUACGAGUUGCGUCAACGACUUCCAUCUUACAUGAUCCCGACAGCCUUUAUACCGCUGGAAAAUAUUCCCCUUGGGAUGAGUGGUAAAACGGAUCGGAAACAUCUGCGCCAGUUGGGGAGCUGUAUUACCCUAGAACAAUUAGCCGGCCCAGGGAAUUCCUCAGAUGGCAAAUCACAGCUAACCCAGUCGGAAUCUCAUCUUCAACAACUGUGGGUGGCUGUUCUAGAAGUUCCAGCGGACAAAAUUGGAAAAAACGGUAGUUUUUUGAGACUUGGGGGAGAUUCGAUAUCGGCUAUGAGGUUAACCGCUGUGGCUCAUAGUCAGGGAGUCAAUCUAACAGUGCAAAACAUCUUGGGGGCAGCGCGGUUGUCUGAAAUGGCAAAACUUAUGACAUACUUUGAAUCAGAGAGCCCUGAGGCGAGCGAUAACGUGAUUUCACCGUUUUCGUUACUCAAAAAUCCAGGCUCAAAAGACCAAGCUUUUGGAUACAUAUCGAGACAGUGUGGAGUCGACAUUUCACAGAUCGAGGACAUAUUUCCUUGUACCGGAGUACAAAAGUCUCUUCUCUCAAUGACGGCAAAAUCCGAAAACUCAUAUACAGCCAGAUUUUCUUUGCGGCUACGCGAUGAUGUCGACAUAGAGCGUCUCCGGAAUGCUUGGGAAAGAGUGAGUCGGGCUGUAGCACCUAUUCUGCGCUACAGAAUAGUCGACGUUCCAUCGGAAGGCCUUGUUCAAGUGCAGAUAAAGGAGUCUAUCGAUUGGAAAACCUAUGGAAGUGUUGAGGCAUAUCUUGAGCAAGAUCAAAGGGAAUCAAUGGGGUUGAACAAACGCCUUACUCGACUCGCAAUUAUCCAAGGCCCCAGUGUUCAAGGGCGGCUUUGUCUCAUCACUCAGCAUCAUGCGAUUUAUGAUGGUUACUCAUUGAAUCUACUUUUGGCAGAAGUAACAAGAGUAUACGCCGGUAAUGUAGGCGAGGGUCUCAUUGCUCCCUUUCAACAGUUCAUCCAGCACAUCAUGAAGGUUGAUCAGGAUGAAGCAAGAAAAUUCUGGAGUAAUGAAUUUUCAGAGUUGGAGGCGAUCCCAUUUCCAGCCCUGCCGCAUCAAAACCAUCAACCUAAAGCCGACAGCACUGUUCGACGUCAUCUAAAAGAGAUUAACUGGCAGAACACAGACGCCACGGCUUCAACAAUUAUUAGAACAGCUUGGUCGAUUCUCACAGCUCGCUACAUGGAUUCGAACGAUGUGAUUUUUGGAGCAAUGGUCACUGGACGACAAGCGCCUUUAGUUGGCCUCGAUCGCAUGAUCGCCCCUCUUAUUAAUGCCGUCCCUGUGAGAGUCAAAAUAGACCCAAAAGCGACCGUGGAUAGGUUGCUACAAAAUGUUCAAGCACAAGCAAUUGCAAUGAUUCCCUAUGAGCAGACCGAAUUGCUCGAUAUUCGACGAAUCAACACAGAUGCAGAGAGUGCAAGUCGAUUCAACACCUUAUUAGUUGUACAGCCUCCAAGCCAAACUGAAUAUGCGGAUGGAGGCAGUAGUCCAUUCCAGCAUCAACCUGAGGUGGUUUCUACUCAGGACGGUCUUGACGACUUUAAUCCAAAUGCGGUUAUGAUGAUGUGCCAGUUGGCCAAGCCCAACGAUCUCGAGCUGGAAAUUAGCUUCGACUCCAACAUCAUUGAUUCGGCUCAAAUGGAGCGCAUCGCCAAUCAGUUUGAGCACGUUUUGCGCCAGAUUUGCAACUCGACUACUCAAGCGGUAGAAGAUAUCGAUCUACUCAGUCCACAAGACAUUAAGGAACUCUGGGAUUGGAAUGGCUCAGUGCCCACCGCAGUCCAAGAGUGUGUGCACGAUAUAAUUGGGAACACAAUGAAAAGACAGCCCCAAGCAAUGGCAGUAUGUUCUUGGGAUGGAAGCUUGACAUAUGCUGAGCUAGAUGAUCUGUCAUAUCGUCUGGCUUCUCACUUGGUCGCUCUAGGUGUUCAGCCUGGAAGUAUAGUUCCUCUCUGCUUCGAAAAAUCAGUGUGGUAUCCUGUUGCUGCUCUUGGCGCAAUGCGGGCUGGAGGGACAUGCAUCGCCAUGGACUCGACUCAACCAGAAUCGAGACUGAGAUCAAUUGUCCAACAGGUAAACCCUAAACUGAUUCUGUCUUCUGUUAACAAUGAAGCGUUGGCAAGCCGCCUCUCCGAUACUGCUGUGGUCGGUAUUGACCGUAGCCGCAUUCCAGAAGCUCCCACGGACUUCAUGCUGCCCAAGAUUAGCCCUUCGGACCUAUUAUACGUAGUUGUAUUCACAAGCGGAUCCACAGGCGUGCCUAAAGGUAUAUUGACGACACAUGAAAACUUUGCAUCAGCAGCUACCCACCAAAUGGAUAUCCUGCAUAUACAUGAAGGAACCCGUGUCUUUGACUUUGUAUCAUACAGUUUUGAUGUUUCCUGGUCCAACCACUUACAGACAUUGAUAUGUGGAGGUUGUCUAUGUAUCCCAUCAGAGUGGGAGCGCAAAAACGACAUCGCCGGCGCGUUCAAUAGGAUGAAGUGUGAUUAUGUGUAUUUUACGCCUUCGGUUGCCCGAUCCCAGGACCCAUCCUCGAUGCCUGGCAUCAGGACUUUGGCAAUGGGCGGCGAGCCCAUUCAGGCAUCUGAGAUCUCUCGCUGGACUCAGGCGGAAACUGUUAUAGGAAUUUAUGGGCCAGCCGAAUGCGCUCAAGCACUAUCCUUUGCAUACCUGGACUCCAAAACACGGAACAAUCACGUCGGAAAUCCGUUUGGUGCAAGGACUUGGCUCGUACAACCAGGUCGCCCAGACCGCCUUGCCGCUAUCGGCACCGUUGGAGAGCUCAUGAUUGAAGGGCCAACCGUUAGCAAAGGAUAUUUUGGCGAUACAAAUAAGACGAAAGCAGCCUAUAUUCAGGAUCCGACGUGGCUCCUGCUAGGCGCCGGGGAACAUCCAGGGCGUCACGGUACACUUUACAAGACCGGCGAUCUCCUACGCUACAACUCGGAUGGAUCCAUGGACUUUUUGGGGCGGAAAGACGGUCUAAUUAAGCUUCGAGGUCAACGGAUUGAGCUGGCGGAAGUGGAACAUCAUGUGCGCUCCUGUAUAGGCGAUCACAGCUUGUGCGAUGGCAUCGCCGCGGAGAUUAUUGUGCCACAAAAUAGCACCAACCCAAUUCUCGCCGUUUUCUUGAGCCUUUGUAAAGAAAAUACAAUCCAACUCAAGGAAGUUGUACAGUUAAAACUCAGACGAGUCAUGGAAGGGUUGGAAGAGAAGCUAUGGGAUCGUGUUCCGCAGUAUAUGGUCCCUGGAGCAUAUAUACUUGUAGAAAAGAUUCCCAUGACAACCACAAACAAAACAGAUCGGCGGUCUCUACGAGAACUUGGAAGUAGGCGAACCCUAGAGCAGCUCGUGGAACUACAAUCUCAUGGGAAACCGCGAACCGUGCCAUCCACUCUGAUGGAAAAAAGGCUUCAGACCUUGUGGUCUUCUGUUCUUCGGAUCAAUGCUGAAAGUAUUGGUGCUGAGAGUAGCUUUCUCCGCGUUGGCGGAGAGUCAAUUACCGCUAUGCGACUAGUCUCAGCAGCGCGGGAGCAAAACUUAUCGCUGACUGUUGCAGACAUUUUCAAAUCACCGCGUUUGUCUGAAUUGGCAUUAUUGGUCAAAGAAGUCAAUGCCGAUGAAUAUUCCCAUUUGGCAACGCCAUUCUCCUUUUUGGGAUCUGAUGACGCGCAAGGCUUCCUGAAGGAAUUUGUAAAGCCUGCUCUAGAUGUUGAUCUCGAAGCUGUCAGGGACGUGAUUCCCGCAACAGAUUUUCAAGAACGCUCAAUAUUAGAUGCACUUCAGGAUCCGCCGAACAGAUAUCCUCACUGGAUUUUUGAUCUGCCUGCUGAUGUGGAUUUCCCAAAGCUUGAGCGCGCUUGCUUUGACCUAGUGAAUCAUUUCGACAUUCUGCACACUGUCUUCAUCCGAGCUAAUGGUCGUUUUUGGCAAGUUUUAUUAUCGAACUUCAAGCCAACAUACGAUCAUGUAGAUGCAGACAACCAGGACAUGGCCUUGUUUAUAGAUUCAAUCUGCGGGGAAGAUCUCAAAAGACCUCGACAAUUGGGUCGUUCAUUCGUUCGUUUCAUCAGCGUCAAACACGCCUCAGGAAAGCAUAAGUUUGUAUUCAGAAUCUCGCAUGCUCAAUUUGACGGCUUCAGCUGGGGAUUGGUUCUUCAAACUUUGUCGACUCUCUAUAAUCAGCAACGGCUAUUGCCAUCUUCAUCUUUUGCCCAAUUCAUUUCCUUCAAUGAGAGGAAGAAGAGAGAAAGCAAGUCUUACUGGGCUUCAAGGCUUCAUGGAUCAUUAUAUCCAGCAUGGAGUUUGAGCGACUCAACAAAUGACACAUACGCCACAGAUGACAGAUUGACAAUCAAGAAGACAAUUCCAAUGCUAAACACUCGGAGCAUUGGAGGGUUUACGCCUGCGGUGAUAUUCCAUGCUGCGUGCGCAAUCGCCCUUUCUCGUCAAUUUAAUCAACAGGAUGUGGUGUUUGGUCGCCUUGUGACCGGCCGUUCAAUGCUGCCAAGUCAUCUCCAAAACGUUGUGGGCCCCUGCAUGACAGAGGUCCCGAUCCGAGUGGGUAUAACUACAAACAGCACUCUCGCCGAAGUUGCUUCGCAGCUACAAAGCCAAUUCAUUGAAGAUUCGUCACAUGAAGCUGCGGGGAUGGUCGAGAUUAUAAGAAACUGCACAGACUGGCCACAAAAUAUAACGGAUUUCGGCUGGCGAACAUCCUUCCAGCAGGAAGAGGAAACUGAGUUUCCAUUCUUGGGGUCACCUAGCACUGUUUCAUUUUAUGAACGACCCUUACUUCCUCGCAAUCGUCCUGAGAUAUACGCCACGCCCCGAGAAGGAAGCCUUGAUCUCGAAUUUGAAGGGAAUCGGAAACUUACAUCCGAAAGUACAGUGAUAAAACUUUUAGCAGAGCUUCAAUCUAUAUUAGGGGUGUAG